AUUUAACCAGGCAUUCCCCCCCUUUCUCGCCCAUGGUCCGGUCCAGUUCAAAGCUCGAAGCGGGAGGAGGAAGCUAGCUGUGUUUUGUUGAUGUUUCUUGGGGAAGAAAACGCUUCGCAGGAUGGACAUGGCUACGUCUUUGAAGUCUCUGUUGCUGGCUGUCCAGCAGUACAGAGACGGCAGGACAGCGCAAAACGCAGCGCAGCUACAGAAACAAGUGGAGGAGGUCUCGGGCCUUAAAUGUGACCAGCUGCUGUCCUCAGGCCAGGUUCUGCCCCGGGAGUGUGUGGGUGGGCUGGUGGAGCUGGCUGGAAACCCAAACACCAGCCAGACCCUGACGAGCUCCAUCAUCUCCCUGCUGGCAAAACUGGCCUGUGAUGAUGACAGUCGGGAGAUUCUUAACAGCAGCUACAACCUCACCAGCACCCUGGCGUCUGUCAUCCAUUGCCACAGCGCCACAGCAGGAGAGCCCCUGGUACUGCAGUGUUUGCAGGUGCUGCAGAAACUGACCUACAACACUCGCGUCUUCCAGUCUACAAACUACAUCCAUGAGCUCAUUGCUUUUCUCAUGACCAAUAUCCAGUCUCAAAAUGAGGACAUCAUCAUGCCGUGCCUCGGCCUCAUGGCCAACUUGUGUCGAGACAACCACUCAGUGCAGAGCCACAUCAAGUCUCUGGACAACGUGAAGCGAUUCUACCGUACUCUGAUUAACUUCCUGGCUCACAACAGUCUGACUGUGGUGAUCUUCACGUUGUCCAUCCUGGCCAGCCUCACUCUGAAUGAGAAGGUUGGAGAGAAGCUCUUUGAUGCUAAGAACAUCCACCAGACUUUCCAGCUUGUGUUCAACAUCAUUGUGAACGGCAACGGCACUCAGACAAGAAAAUACUCCGUUGACCUUUUGGUUGACUUGUUGAAGAACCCCAAGAUAGCAGAUCACCUCACAAAGUAUCAGCACUUCUCAGCAUGCGUGUCUCAAGUUUUAGGCCUUCUGCAAUCAAAAGACCCCGACUCUGCAGGAAAGGUGUUGGAGCUUCUCCUGGCCAUGUGCAGCGUCUCAGGGCUGCGUUCGCUGCUGUGCGAGGUGGUUUUCAGACCAGCGGCACCCAAACUCCGAGCAGCAAGCCGCAGGCAGGGGCCCGGACUGGACGGCGGACGCAAAACCGAGUCCGGGCUCGCCCUGGUGCAGUGGCUGAGCUCGCCUGUGGAUGGCGCGGAGUCCUGCUCGCUCCAGGCCCUGCAGCUGCUGAAUGAGCUGCUGGAGGAGGCCUUGGGAGCAGAGAGUGUGUCUGAAUGUGUGCUGAGCUUCAUAGAAAUGUUGCUUCCCGUCCUGUUAGGGCUGCUGAGGGGCCUCAAUCCUUCACAGGGAGACGCUCACAUAAGAAAACACUGCCACCGCAUCACACACGUCACCAGCCUGCUGCUCAUCCUGUGUGCUGAGGACUCUACCAGAUGUUUGGUGUCUCGUCAGGUGAGCGCUCAGCUCUGCCUCUCGCAGGUUGAAUCCCUCCUCACCUGUUGUCAUAGCAACAGCCCCCUCAUCUGCCAUCCCCCUGGCUCUGACAACGAUCUCAGUCAGGUGUGUGCAGAAGCUCUGCUGACGACUCUGGAGUUGAUGAGCAAACUGAGACAACAGGUUAAGGACAUGGAGACCAGCUUCUACAGGAUGUUACAGGACCAGAGGAUAGUGACCCCCCUCUCACUGGCCCUGACGUCCCAACACAGAGAGCGUGUGCAGACGGGACUCUCUCUGUUGUUUGAAGCCACACCUCUCCCCGACUUCCCCUCUCUGGUUCUGGGAGAAAGUAUGGCUGCCAACAACGCCUAUCGCCAGAGGGAGGCUGAGCUGUCUGUUAAACGCGUUGCAGUGCAGGAAGUCCCGCCUUUCAGCAUACUGGACUGUUCCAGUGGUUCCAGCAGGAGCGUCCACAGUCUGGUUGACAAGAUACAGAACGGCUUAGAGCUGCAGGAACAGGUGAAGGACUCGCAUGUGUCGGAGAUCAUCGAUGUUUAUGAACAGAAGCUCUCUGCAUUUGCGUCUAAGGAGAGUCGUCUGCAGGACUUGUUGGAUGCGAAGGCUCUGGCUCUCUCUCAGGCCGACCGUCUCAUCGCUCAGUACCGCUUCCAGCGAGCGCAAGCUGAGGCUGAGGCCUGUAAGCUGGGCUGCCUGCUAAAGGAGGCGGAGCGUCGUCGUGAGGAUCUGCAGGGCGAGCUGAGCAGCCAGGUGCUGGAGGUGGAGCGCUCUAAGGCCGACAUGGAGGAGCUGCUGCAGCACAACGCCCGGCUGCAGCAGGACUCCGAGGAACACCAGGCCCUGAAAGGAGUCUACAACAGCCUGCUCAACAGGUUCAAUGAGAGCGAGCGGCUGCUGAAGGAGCUGCAGACGGCUCACAUCUCGCUCACCAAACAGAACGACACUCUGAGGAAGAACCAUGAAGCACUACAACUGCAGCACGAAAAGAUGGCGUCGGUGUUGGAGGAGAGAGAGGAGGAGAUCAGAUCCCUCCGUUCAGAUCUACAGCAGAAGAACAGCGACAUCGCAGGUCUGCGCGGGGAGCUGCGUGCCGAGGAGGAGAAGGUGAAGAAGAAGGAUCAGGAGAAGAGAGAACUGGAGGAGACGGUAGAUGUUUUGAGGAAGGAGCUGAACAAGACUGAGCAGGCCAGGAAGGAUGCCAGCAUUAAGGCGUCGUCCCUGGAGCUGCAGAAGAGUCAGCUGGAGACGAAGUUGAAGCAGAAGGAGGACGAGCUGAACAAACACUCCUCGAUGAUCGCCAUGAUCCACAGCCUCAGCAGCGGCAAGCUGAAGAGCGACGUCAACCUGUCGCUCUGAGGAACUAUGCAGAUGAGUGACCAACGAAAAUCAUAGAUUUUUAAAAAACGGACGAUGAUAUGAUUUUUUUUUAAACUUAUUGACUAAACUUGAAUUUUAAAGUCAUAUUGUAAUCUUUGUAUGUGUUUUUAUUGUUUGGUAAAUAAAUGAUGGAUCUGUAUUCAUACUGGAUUCCUAAGUCCAGAUAAAAUGUAUGUGUGUGUGUUUGAUAGUGAGUCCGAGCUGAUUUAAUUUAAUAUUAAAUUAAAUUUGUGUAGGUUACAUGCAAA